AUGUCAUCUUCAAUACCUCCAACAUAUUCAUUUUUGAAUAGUCCAUUAAUAAAUACAAUAACUAGUUAUAUAGCUCAAAUUCAAGAACGAAAAAUUCUUACAAGAGAACGUUUCCAUUCAUUAACAAAUGUUAUUUCAAUAACAAUUGGUUUUUUUGUAUUAUUAUAUUUUUUAAUACAUAUUCAAAUUUUAUUCUAUUGGUUUUUAAAAUUAAUAUUUCGUUUAAUAUUUAAAAUAAUUUCAAUUAUUUUUUGGCUUCCAGUACGAACAACUCGAUUUUUUAUACCAAAAACAAUUGAUUAUGAUAUUUUAUUUCCAUUAUUUUGGUUAUGUUCAAUAUCAUCAUUUUAUAUAUCAAAAUUUUCUCAUGAAAACAUUUGUCAAUUUUAUGAUCAACAUUUAGUUCGACGUUAUAAAAUUUUAAAUUAUGAUCAAGCAAAACGUGAUGAUAUUAAACGAUAUUUAUUUAUUUUAACAUUUAUUGUGCUUCUUCUUUUUCAAUCUAUAUUUAUUCUUAUACCUAUUGCUGCAUCUAUUCGACAUCAUAAUGAAAAUGCUAAAACACACAUUAUUGAUCGACAAACGACGACGACGACUAUUAAAACUUCAACAGCUAAAUUAGCUGUAAAAGAGGCUGUUGAAACAAUGAGUGAAAGUUUAUAUGAUCGUUUUAUUGAUGCAUUCAAAGAUGAGAAAGAACCACAUAAAAAUAAAAAACGUCAACCAUUAAUUAGUGAUGAAAAACUUGAACAUACAGUUAAAACAAUACAUAAAUCAAUUAAAAAUCAAAUAAAUAAUUUAAAACCUACAAAUAAACAAAAUGAAACAAAUCAAGAUAAUAAAAGUUCAAGAUUUCAACGAUGGAUUAUUCAUUAUCUUAAAGCACCAUUUCAAAAAUGGGAAAAGAAAAAAAAUGAAGAUGUUAAUACUAAAAUUGAAGAGAAAAAUUUCGAAGAUGAAAAUGAGGAGGAGAAUAUUGAAUUAAGCUCCUCCUCUUCAAUCAUCUCAGAUACAGAUGAAACUGAUGAUGAAGAUGACGAGAAUGAUAAUCAAGAAGAAUAUUCAACAAUAACAGAACAAAUAAAACAACGUAUAGAUACAGUGAAAAAUUUUGGACAUAAAUUAAAAGAAAAUGUUAAAAGCAAAAUAUCUUCUAAAAAAGAAGAAGAAGAAGAAGAAGAAGACGAUGAUGUUGAUGAUAAUGAUACAGACGAAGAUCAUUCUCCUUCGUUAGAAGAACAUUUAACUAAACCAAUUGAAGCAGUUAAAAAUAUUGGAACAAAAAUUGUUGAAAAAUUUUCUUCUUCAACUACUGAUGAUGACGAAGAUUCAGGUUAUGAAUCUGACGAUGAAGAAGAAAAACAAUCUUCCAAGUUAUCUGAGAAGGUUAAAAAAACACUAGCUACACCAAUUGAAACAGUCAAAAAUGUAGCUGCAAAUAUUAAGAAUAAAAUUGUUCCUUCAACAGACGAAGACGAUGAACCAUCACCAUCAAUUACUGAACAAAUUAAAGACCAUAUAAUUAAACCAAUUGAAGAAAAAUUAUCUUCUUUAACUAAACAUAAUGAAAAAGAAAACGUUGUUAAAUCAUUUAUCGAUGAUAAAAAAGAAACAACAGAAAAUAUCAGUAAAUCAAUUAAAGAUACAAUUUCUGAAAGUGUUGAUAAAUUAAAACAAACAUCAACUCAUGUUAUUGAUUCUGCUGAAGAUUUUGUUUCAAGUACUCUUGAAAAAUCAUCUGAAUAUCUUAAAGAAGCAACCGAACAAAUCCCAACAAGUAAUCAAGUUCGAUCAAAAAUUAAAGAACAAGUUGUUGAACCAAUAGAAAAUAAAGUUUCUCAGGUUAAAAAUGUGAUCGAUACAAAAGUUGAACAUUUAAAAGAAACUAUUGAUGAUGGAAUAAAAUCAUUGAAACGAAAAAAAGAACCAAAAAUUUUAACAGAAAAAAUAAAAGAUAAAUUAAAAUCACUUAGUAAAAUUACUCAUAAAAAACUAUCGCGUCAUGAAAAAAAGAAGAAAAAUAUUUCUUUAAUUAAAAAAUUAAAAAAAAAAAUUAAAAGAAAAUUAAAUGGUUAUUUUGAUGAUGCAUGGAAUAUUUGGCAUCAAGGAAAAAUAAAACUUGCACGUAUAUUUACAUCAUCAACAAAACAUGCACGUCAUUUACCACGUUAUAAUACAACAUCUCUUUAUACAGCAUAUACUGAUCUUAAAUGUUAUGAUUAUAUCAAACAUUUAAGUCGUUAUCGAUUAUUAAAACGUAAACAUCUUCAUUUUCUUGAUACAUAUCGUCAUCAUUCGCCAUUUCCAGUUUAUUUAUCAAUAUUAAAAUCUAAUGGACCUAGAUGUUAUCGUCAAUAUCCAAAUUCUUCAUGUGCUUUAAUAUUUAAAACAUCAAAUCGAAAUUUUAAAACACAAUUAUAUCGUUUUGUACGAUUUUGGGCUAUUAUUGGUAUAAUAGUUGUUAUUUUAGCAGCUAUUUAUGCAAGUUUAACUGAUAAAAAACAAACUCAUUUUUCAUUAUUUCAUCAUCAAGAAAAUUCUGAUCGAUCACCAAAGAAUAAACAACUAAUAAUAACGGCGAAUAAAAACGAUUUAUCAAGAUCAACAACAGCAAUAGAACAAAAACCAUCAUCAUCAUCAUCAUCAUUUAUUAAUCAACAAACAGUUUCAUCAAAUACGAAAACUUAUCGAUUAGAUCAAAAAAUUGAAAAACAACUUCGUUUAUGGCUUCACAAUGAAAAAAAUGAUGGUUUUAGACAUCUAAGUGAAACAUAUCGUAUAGCAAUUAAUAAUACAUUUUUAAAGAAACAUGUAAGUUAUUGA